AUGGAACGUGCCAUUUCGUGUGCCGUUCUUCAAUUAACGGUCGCGUUGUGUGUCAUGAAUCCGUUCGGUGAUGAUGAUGAAGAUUUUCAAACUUCUAGUAUUUUGGACUACAACCUGGAAGUCAGUUUUCGUUCUGUCUAUAUGGAUCCGCGAUCCUUCCCGGACAAUUUAUCCAUGCCUCUGGCGCUGCGCGAGGAGGCCGGCAAACCGAAUGAUUUGCAAGCGUUCCUUGAUCAGAUCGACUGCGAUCUGAGUAAACACUGUGAUCAUACAACGGAAAACAAGUAA